AUAUGUAGAUGGUCACUUAUUGCUGGUAGACUUCCAGGAAGGACAGCAAACGAUGUGAAAAAUUACUGGAACACUCGCCUUCUCAGGAAGUUAAAUAUUGCUCCUCAGAAACAAGAGAGAAAGUGCAAAACUAUUCAUGAAAACGCCAUAAUAAAACCUCAACCUCGGAAACUUUCAACCACCAAGAAGUUGAAUUUUUCUUGGUGCAACAAUAAAAGUAUCGGAAAUGAAGAAGCAUCGACAGACAACGACAUCCAAUGGUGGGCAAAUAUACUGGAAAAUUGCAAUGACAUUGAAGAAGAAGCAGCAGCUAAAAGAACACCAAGUUUGUUGCAAGAAGGACAAAGUGAUGGUUGGGAUGAAUUUCCUGUGGAUGACAUAUGGAAUCUACUUAAUUAGCCGAGAUAAUAAAA